AUGAAGGGACUCGCCAACAUCGCCGUCGCUGCGGCCUUCGUCGCCAGCGUCGCAGCCGACUCUCACGGUCACCACCACGCGCGCAGGCUGGCACAAGGCAGCCCUGUAGCCAAGCGUGCUGCUACUGUUGCGUACGAGACCGCCUACGUCUACGCGGACGGCUCGCCCGUGUCUACGGACGAGGCCCACGAGUGCAUUGACGACGGCAGCUGCAUUGUCCUCGGAACGGCCACGCCAGUCUACACGUCGCCUGCGCCAACAUCGACGUCGACCUCUUCCCUGAGCACCAAGGAGGCCCAGGAAUUCUUCGAGUCCAAGAUCACGAGCUCGUCCACGUCGAGCUGGUCGACCUCGACCGCCUGGACCUCGACGUCCACGAGCACCAGCACGAGUUCGUUCAGCACCAGCACCAGCACCAGCUGGAGCAGCACAAGCACGAGCUGGAGCAGCACGAGCACGAGCUCCUCAUCGACGUGGUCGACGUCUACUAUCAGCAGCACGUCCUCAUCAGCGUCUGCAGCGGCCAGCAGCAGCAGCAGCAGCACCACCACUGUCUCGGGCUCGGGCACGAAGUUCCCCAGCGGAACGGUCAAGUGCAGCGAGUUCCCGUCGGCGUACGGCGCGGUGGCCGUUGACUGGAUCGGGCUUGGCGGCUGGGCUAGCAUCCAGACCACGGGCAGCUGGACACCGGGCUCGCUCAUCAGCGACAUUGUCGAGGCGGUUAGCGGCGGCUGCACGGAGGGCUCGUUCUGCUCGUACGCCUGCCCGGCUGGCCAAACUAAGGCACAGUGGCCGACGACCUCGCAGGGCGCAACGGGCCAGUCGAUCGGCGGUCUGUGGUGCAACAGCGACGGCUACCUCGAGCUGACCAACGACAACUUUGACACGCUCUGCCAGGACGGCCUCGGCGGCAUCACGAUCAAGAACGAGCUGUCGGACGAGGUGGCCGUGUGCGGUACCAACUACCCCGGUAACGAGAUGAUGAACAUCCCGGUGCUGGCGGGCGCGGGCGAGACGGUCACGCUCACCAACAUGAACGCUAAGACGGGCUACGAGUGGGAGGGCAAGUACACCAGCGGCCAGUACUACGUCAACAACAAGGGCGUCACGCUGGAGCAGGGCUGCGUGUGGACCAGCGCCGACUACCCCGACUCUGCCGGCAACUGGGCGCCGGUCAACAUUGGUGCCGGUACCGACAUCUAUGGCGUGACGUACAUCUCCAUCUUCCCGAACACGCCGACGUCUUCGGCCGAGCUCGACUUUGACAUUGAGAUCACCGGUGACAUCAACGGCGAUUGCUACCUCAAGAGCGGCUCCUACUAUGGCGGCGGCAGUGGCUGCACGACGUCUCUCACCACCGGCGGCAGCGCUGUCAUCAAGUUCAAGAAGUACGGCAGCUAA